AUGCAUUUCUCAUAUUCUUCUCUUGUCCUCUCGCUCCUUGCUCUAUCUUCUGGCGCCCUGUCAGCUUCCUCAUCGAAACUAAAAGUUGUCCUUCCUUCGUCUCUCGAGACCAGAAAGCUCCCACCCUCCACAUUUGCAACUCUCACAACGGCCGGGCAACCCAAUGGACCACUGAAGGCGCCGUUAUCCUCCCUCUCGACGUUUGUGUUCGAUGAUAUAUCUCUAUCUACAGCAACCGGAGAUUCCAGCGCGCCGAUAUCGUACCUCCUGGACAUCCACUCACAGAGCCACGUCUUUGCGCCAUAUAGAAUCGAUGUAUCUCCCGAGACAGGGAAAAUCCUCGGUGCCUGGGAAACACAUCGCGGUUUCCCAUGGGAUAAUAAGGGAGCGAAUAAAAUCAUUUCAGAUACUGGACAUGAGUCUGGAGUAAUCGUGGUAGAGGCAAAGGUGCUUGCGAAGAAGGAUUAUUAUGAACAGAGAGAAAAAUUUUCACCUCUGAGCUUGUUGAAGAAUCCUAUGCUUCUUCUCGCGAUCUUUGCAUUGGCUGUUACUGUUGGAAUGCCCUACCUGAUUGAAAACAUGGAUCCCGAAACUCGCGAAGAGUUCGAGAAACAGCGUGCCGCAAAGAAGACCAGUGCUGCUAACCCUGCCGCAGGGUUUGACCUGGCUGGCUGGAUGGCUGGUACAAAUCCUAACCUGAUAGAAUCUAGCCGGCCUGCUGCUUCUAGUGGGCGGGAGCAGGAAUCGGCGGCAGCACAAGUUCGGCGAAGAGGUUGA